CUUCAGGUCAGCAACACAGCCUUCAAGUCAUCAGUCCUGCCACUAUGCCACCAGGCUAAUUAUGUUAGACUAAUAUCCACAAGCUGGAAGUUUCCGUGAUGUAAAAUUUCCUGAACCCUAAACCCUUCAUGUUAUUAAUUGAACCAAUCAUAGGCUAUCAAUUAGCCACAAUUUCUAUAGAAGCCUGGAGGGCAGAGAUUAAAAUUUUAAGUCUUGGAGAAAAUAAUCUCUCUACGUUCUCCUGUCAAAAGGUAAUAAUGCUGGAAAUACUUUUGCUCACAUACACAUCCAUACCCCAUCUUUGCAGGAAUAGGUUGGAGGUGGGUUAGAUAUGAUUAACUAUUAUGCUGCUGCUUGAUUGAACCAUUAUGACAGGUGACCCCUCUAAGGAAACAGGGCUAAGAGGAAAGCCUUAGAUGUACUCUGAUAAGCAAAACAUCAUGAGAAUAUUCCACAACUGUUUAAAGGGAUAUAAUAUUUUUAUUCCACCCACCCUCCUCCAAAAAUAUACUAGCAGUUUAAACUGUACUCCUUCUACUAACUUCCUCAUCUGAGGCAUACUGAUGGAUAAGCAGUAAAUGAGACUUAUGCACUGGCAAAGUUAGCUUACCCAGAUUGUGUUGAAAUCUCAUAAUUGCGUGUUGUCCUCAUAUAAUCAUUCAUUAGUUGCAUUGUUAAAGCACCUCUGUUGAGCCAUCCUAUAAAUAGAGGGCCACUGCACCAAGAACUUUGAGCAUAAGAGAUAAGGGAAGAGUAUGAAAGCGUAGUAAAGGGUGGGACAAGUGCAAUCUGCCCCAUAAGGAUUGAUAAGGAAAGAUGUGGACUUCGGUGGUCACGAUCCCAACGUCUUUCUCUUGGCUGUGGAGCCAGGUUUGUUGGAACAACCUCACAAUGUUGUUCAUUUCUGUCAGUCUGCUUGCUCUUGCCCUGCUGUUGGAUUCUAUGAAGAGGAGGAAGAGAUGUCGUCGCUAUCCUCCAGGACCUACCCCUCUGCCUUUCAUUGGGAACUUGCUAGAGAUUGAAAGAAAAAAUCCACACAACAGCAUUCUACGUCUGGUGGAAAGAUACGGACCAGUCUUAUCACUUCAGGCUGAAUGGAAACCUGUUGUAAUAGUGAGUGGGUUCCAGACAAUAAGGGAGGCACUGGGACAAAAAGCUGAGAACUUCACUGAGCGAUUGUCAAUACCCUUGAUGUGCAUAAUAGGCCGUGGAAAGAACUGUGAAGGCAAGUCUUCCUUGUGCUGUGAUGGAAUCAACUAUAUAUGGUUCAGCAAAGUGAUUGACAAGUCCGUAGCUAAAAUUGGUCUUAGCAUAACAAUAUUUGUCAUGGAGCCAGAUCCCAGGGCUGAAUUUCCAAGCCCUGAAUCUGACUUCAUAUUAUGUCUUUUAGGAGUCCUUAUGGCCUCAGGUGAUAAUGGCUGGAAGGAGCAGAGAAGAUUCUGUGUCUCCAACCUGAAAAGCCUUGGAAUGGGGAAGAAAACACUUGAAAAGAGAGUGUGUGAAGAAGCUGGAUAUUUGUGUGCUGAGUUGAAAUCAAAAGAAGGUUUUCCUUUUGAUCCACAUGACUUCAUCUACACUGCAGUUGGCAAUAUUAUCUGUACAUUAGCAUUUGGUGAUCGCUUUGAAUACCACAGUAAAAACUUCCUGUCACUUCUGCAUUCAACUGAAGAAAUCAUGCAGGGAGCAACCAAUAGCUUGCCUCUGGUACUGUAUCUCACAAAUAUGAGCAUUAUGCAGCACUGCACCAUUUACAUUUUCAUUAUCUAUUUCUUUAAUGUCCUUCAGGCCGAAGGGAACACAGAGACCAGUUUCAAUGAAGAAAACCUCAUUCACGUUCUUUUUGACAUAUUUGUGGCAGGCGCUGAAACCACAUCUGCCACUCUCACCUGGGGGCUUCUUUUCAUGGUCCUUCAUCCUGAAGUUCAGAAAAGAGUCCAUGAAGAAGUUGAUACAGUGAUUGGUGGAGUGAAAUCAGUCACGAUGGAGGACUGGUCAAAUCUACCGUAUACUACCGCCGUGAUCCAUGAAAUUCAGCGUAAUGCUGAUAUUGUACCCGUUACAUUUCCUUAUGUGGCAUGCAAUGAUACUGAAGUUGGUGGGUUUGUCAUCCCUAAGGAGACAGCGGUCAUUUAUCAUUUGUCUUCUGCGUUGAAGGAUGAAACCAUGUGGGAGAAGCCACAUGAAUUUUAUCCCGAGCACUUCCUCGAUGCAAAUGGGCAGUUUGUCAAGCGAGAGGCCUUCAUCCCUUAUUCUUCAGGUCGCCAUGCUUGUUUUUGAGAACCUUUGGCUAAAAUGGAGCUCUUCAUCUUCUUCACUAGCCUUAUGCAACAUUUUACUUUUUAUAUUCCUGAAAAUGCCCCUAGACCCUCAGAGGAAAGGAUAUUUAGAAUAACAGUGUUCCCAUUACCAUUCCAGAUCUUAGCAUUUCCCAGAUAAUGAUCAAAAUCCUGUGAUGUUGCAUGUAUCACAAUAUUUUGGCACAUGGAAUUGCCCUACAGCUUCCCCAUCACCAGCCCCAAGAGUCACCCUGCCCUUCUGAUAGACCUUCCCCCAGCUAUUCGAUUAUUGGGAAAGAACGGAGAGGAUCUGAGAAGCAUUUCAUGAUGCUCCCAUCACUAAAUUCAAAGACAUCUUAUGCUAAGGUCGGCAGGGGUUUUGUGGACCUCUGAGCAGAUGAUGUCACCAGUCUGCAUCUAUGGGAACAGAGUAAGAUACUUCUCUGAUCAUCUCUAGUUUCUACCAGCAGUGGAUAAGGUUUGGUUUCAGAAUAACACAGUGAAUCCUGGGGAUACUUUAGUUGUUGUAGAGGGAGGAAGGGAAUAUCGGUGACCUCUACAUCGAUCAAAGAACUACAUACAAAAAUAUAACUGUAGUUAUUUAUCUGUUAAAGUUAACAAUAUUAAAGGGUAGUAAAAUAUGUGCAGUGGUUUUUCUAAUAAAUAACAUUAGAAAAUGUGUGCUUGGGCCAUGCUGGGCAUAUAAGGUAAGUCACACUCUUAGCCUCAGAGAAGCAUGCAGACAACCUCAUUUGGAAUACAUUCUUAAAUUAUUUCCUGGGGCAAAUUACACUUGUUUGACCGUGAGUCACACUCUCUCAG